AUGGAUGCAUCUGCUCCUUCCGAUUCCUUUCGCGAUGCUGCGUCGUACCUAUCAAAUUCUACCUCACUAGCGAAAGUUUCAAACACCGUUAAACUGGAGCUGUAUGCAUUGUUUAAAUGGCUAACGGUGUCCCCUCAACCAAACGUCUCUCGUCCAUCGAUAUUUGACAUGGCCGGACGCGCCAAAUGGGACGCAUGGAACGCAACAGGAAAACAAUACACUAAUGGGACAGAUGCAGAAAACCGAUAUCUUGAGAUUGCACACAGUUUAGGUUGGCAACCAGGAGCUUCAAUUUCCCCACAGCCUAGCAAAACUACGAACGAUGAUUUAUGGGAUUCUGACUCAGAUUCAAGUAAAAACCGUGAAGGUGGCGGUGGAAUGGGCAUCAGCGUCAGCUCCAUGUCGGCACCCGAGACCGACUCUGACAAUACGCUGCAUGGUCUCGCAAUUGCAGGAGAUGUCAGCAAACUAGAAACGCUAGUUGCUUUAGAUCCAGACAUCAAUAUUAACGCACUGGAUGAAUUUGGAUAUACACCUUUGCAUCUCGCUUGUGACCGAGGAAAUUCAGAAAUCGCGCGCUUCCUGCUGUCCAGAGGUGCCGACACAUCUAUAAAGGACCCAGACGACAUGACACCUCUAGAGUUAGCCCAGACCGCUGGGCAUGAAGAUAUUGUGGAACUACUGUCCAAUCAAUGA